AUGUACAUGUCUCACAAGCCUGGCUGGCUUUUCCCGACGAAUGGCACGCGGCAGGACUUCUCCGGUUGGGGUGUUCUUCACCUUGAUUUCGACUUUCGGGGUUCCAGCUGCCCUGCUCCUACAUCGAUUCUAAUCAAGAAAGAGCAGUCCGAAGAGAACAUCACGAAUCUCAUUCCAGCUCAGGGGGAUCCCGAACCCGCGUACAAUGGCUCCGGGCUUCUCGAGGACGGCAUGCUCCCACACGAUCUCGCAGGGCAAGUAGUCUCGGGCGACAACUUCAGGCCGUUGGAACCAGCAAAUGAUCACGGUCAAGCUGUACCUGCAGAACACGCCGCGGAGAGUGCCGAUGAGGCUAUAUCAUUCGCUAUCUUCUCUGCACCUGAGGCGGGUGACGAGUCGUCAGCUUGUGACACAUCAAGUACCGAAGCCGACUCGCGCACCUCCGUCGCGCAUGAUGGCGAUAGCCUCGCGGACAUCAUCUACGGCGAUCUCACGCCCUCACUCGCGCAGCAUCUCGACCUAAUCCGCGACUACGCCAGCCGUGUAGGUGCCGCGCGCGCCCCGGACAGCGUCGCCUUCUACAGUUUACUCGUUCGUACGCAUCUGGGCGACAACGGGCGUGCGCACGUCAUGCCUGGUGUUAUGCAUGACGCGCUGAUCGUCUCGUCCGGUGUUGAUGUUGACGAGCAGUUCUACGAAGCGUGGGUACGCAUGUGUCCCGGUUGCCCAUCGCAGGCGAGCUAG